AUGGGUUCAAUGGGAAAUUUCUUCGACUCCAUUGGUUCUUUCUUCUCCGGCGGCGACAAAAUCCCAUGGUGCGAGCGAGAUGUCAUCGCUGGGUGUGAGAAAGAGGUAAAGGAGUCCACUACUAAUGGUGGUGACUCUGAAGUUAAGAAGAAAGAGAGCAUUAUGCGUUUAUCUUGGGCUCUUGUUCAUUCUCGUCAAGCUGAAGAUAUCCAGCGUGGUAUUGACAUGCUCGAAGCUUCUCUAGCAACCAGUAGCCCUCCUUUGGAAGACCGAGAGAAGCUUUAUCUUCUUGCUGUUGGAUAUUUCCGGACUGGAGAUUACUCUAAGAGCAGGCACCUCGUGGAACGUUGUAUUCAGAUUCAACCUGAUUGGAGGCAAGCUUUGGUCUUGAAGAAAACCAUUGAAGACAAGAUCGCCAAAGAUGGUGUUAUUGGGAUAGGCAUCACGGCAACAGCCGUUGGCCUCAUAGCUGGUGGAAUCGCUGCAGCUUUGGCUCGCAAGAAAUGA